ACCGAGCUGUGUAUUUUCCCCCCCCCAGGACUUCCUUAUUGUGCUGUGGACGACCCAUUGCUGCGCUGCUUUAGGAGUUUAUCAUCUACAGAUAAUGGAUCCAAUGAAUUCACUUGAGACUGCAGACACUCAGUCACAGCCUGCUAUCCCACUGCCUCCCUCUGUACAUGUUCCUCCCACCCUGAGAGGUGGUGAGUGUUACCAUGUCUUCAUCAGCUACAGCAGCACUGACUACCAGUGGACCCACUCCCUCAUCAACCAGCUGGAGUCCUGCGGCCUGCAGGUCUGCUACCAUGAGCGUGACUUCACUCCCGGCCGCACCGUGUUGGAAAACAUGUCCGACUGCAUCCAGGAGAGCCAGAAGGUGCUGCUGGUUCUCAGCCCAGAGUUUGUGAGGAGCCGCUGGUGUCUCCUGGAGGCCAACAUGUCUCUGUUCAGAGACUGUCUGGAGAGGAAACCCAUGGUCCCAGUGCUGCUGGAGCCAGGAGUCUCUGUUCCUCUCCACCUCUGCCACCUCACCUACCUGGAGGCCAGCGACCCCGACUUUAAGAAUAAGCUGCUCAAGGUGCUCUGCACCCCCAACCAGCAGCUUCAAGGGUCCACUGUGAUGCCCUUCCAGCCUCCCUCUAUCUACAAUGGGAAGGCCCUGCAGCCUCUGACUGCUGUCAAUGAGGAGAGACUCAACAAAUGGGACUGUGGUCAGUUCAGUGACAUGGAGGUGCCAGAUCAACUGCGUCUGAUCAUCGAGGACCAAGAGAAAUACAGAGAGGCUGUGAGGAUGAUCAAUGGUGUCUCUCAUAAUAAAGUAUGGUUGCACCCACUCUGGCUUAGAGUACUGAUCUACAUUGUAGGUGUAACAUUUUUUUUACUUUUGGUAGCAUAUUUUAUGUAUAUGACAGUUUUAUUUACUUCGUUCCACGAUUUCCAAGUCAGAUACACUACAGGACAAUGCGUGCUCAUUAUUGCUUGUUUCUUCUGUGUUCCAAUUGGGUUGAUUAUUCACAUUGGUCUCUGGAUGAAUGAUGAUGAGAAGUACAUCAUGAGAGAAAUGCAGAGAGCUAUAGGCCAGGCAAACAUAAUCCUCUGUGAGGAGAAGGUGUUAAUGGGCUGUUGCUCAAAUUCAAAAAUCUACCUGGUGUAUGUUUCUCUGGACGGUUGCAAACAAGAGUUUGCAGAGACAUUUUCUGAGCAGGAGGGUCCUGAGGAGAUGUUUCAAAAAGCUCUGCUCUUCUUCUCAUCAGGUUACACCUGCUGCCUUGCUAAAAGACACUUUCCCUUUCCCCAGCCCAGCUCCACUGGUCACCUGGAGGGAGGGGUGUGUUUCUGUCAGUAUGUCUCUCAGCAGCUGAGUGCAGAUCAAUGGGAAUAGCAGUGUCCACAUGUGUGUCUCUACUAUUUGGUAAAAGCUCAGCCAGUCAACAUGAACUGUCUGAGCUCAUAGAGCCACUCAAAGGCACAGUUACCUCAUGUAUUUUAGAGGCCCUCAGAGAUCAGAAAGGACGCUGUCUCUUUAACAAAUCUGAAGCGGAACAGUGAGGAUGUUUUUCACUCUGUGUUUCCUGGGUUUACUUCACGUUCUUGCUCGUGCACCCAGUGCGAUCACUCUUCAUUUUAUUUGCUUGAUUUUACUGUAUCAUGAACAGGUAUGAAUGUACAUUACUGUGUACUGUUUGUUGUCCUUUUAGUGUGAUUAUAGUUUUCAUUGUAACAAACAGCAGUAGGAUUCUGUUGUUCUUUCCAGCAAAAUCAAUGGAGCUAUGAAAACUAACGUGUCCUGAAACUUGUUUUCAUGAAUUUACUUCACUGAUGAACAUUUUAGUCUGUUUUGUAGACAUUUCAUGUUUUUGAAUAUAUCAUGGAUCCUUAAAACUCUCAGUCACUUUGGGUUUAAGCUUAUUUGAAAACUUCUAUAUAUACAAAUUUGCUCUGUUUGGAGCGGCACUGAGUUAUUUGAAUACUUAUUAUUCUGCUGUGAGUGAAGUUAAAUCACACUGUUUAGACUUUGAGUGCUGCUAUACCUAAAAUCAACUGAGAAUCUUUGCUAUCUGUGUUUUAUUUUACAGUAUACUGUUUCAUUUUUGAUCAUUAAAGUGAGCAAGUUAAUGUCUGCCACAAA